AUGCCGUUGAUGCACGAAGAUGAGGCGGUCCGCCUGCCCUUGCCGGAACAGCAGGAGGCGCAACUUCAGGUGCCGCUUCAGCCUGCGAGAGCAAACCAGGAGAGCAGAGUCGACUUGACGACAGGCUUUUUUAUGCCUGGAUCCGAGGUGAGCCGCGUCGGUAUGCGUAUGCCAGAGUUCACUCCGGCCGAUCCGGAACUCUGGUUUAACAUUGUAGAUCGCAGUUUCCAAGCGGCCGGUAUAACUAGCGAAAUGACAAAGUUCGGAUACGCGUUGACCGCGCUCGGGCCGCGUUAUACGGCGGAGGUCCGCAACAUUAUCAUGAGUCCGCCCGCGGAGCGACCAUAUGAAGCGUUAAAGGCAGAGUUAAUAAAAAGAUUAAGCUUAUUUCAGAACCAUAAAACUCGUCGGUUGCUCGAGCACGAAGAGAUCAGGGACAGGAAGCCUUCGCAAUUCUUACAUUUCCGCAGCCUCGUGGGCAACGUCGUCGGAAACCAGAUAUUGAGAACGAUCUGGCUAAGUUGGCUGUCGGCAUAUAUCCAGCCGCAUUUGGUUACGUGGACGGCGGAUACAAUCGAUCAGCUUACGGAUACCGCGGACGCAAUCGUGGAGGCGCCGUUUUUCAAGUGA